AUGGGGAAGGGGAGAAGGGAAGGUGGCAGGCCAAGAUCAGUGUCGGGCGAUCUGUGUGGACUGGCUCGACUCACUGAGCAUGACUGGCUCCUACCCAUCCCCUCCGCUUCAGAAACCAUCUCCCUCCGCUCGAUUGGACCCGCUUCCGUGACUACGCUUUUUGCUUCCGUCACCACGAAUUCUUCAAUCGCGACGUCCGAUUUGCUUGGAGACCUGGGAAGGCUAUUCAGCUCGAUGCGUCAUUCGGUUUUUGCUGUGGUAAACUUUGCCCGCGGAAAGGCCCUCAACCCCCGGAUUGACCCCCGGACUACAGACGCGUCAAGUCGCGCCGGGUAG